UAAAGCUUAUCAAGAUACUAGUUCUAAAGAGUUUCCAGUUAUUAGUGUUGUUUUACUUGAUGAAGUUGGAUUGGCUGAAACCAGUCCUUUUAACCCUCUUAAAGUUCUUCACUCAUUGUUGGAGCCAAGUUAUCCGGCUGAUGGACCUACUGUGUCUGUAGUAGGAAUUUCAAAUUGGAGAUUGGAUAAUAGUAAAAGUAGUAGAGCAUUACUAGUGCAGAGACCAAAAUUUGAUUUGGAUGAUCUAAUUGAGACCGCUGUUCGUUUACUAGAUAAGAAUAACUUAGAACUUUCAUCUUCUGAAAUCAAAAAUUAUAAAGUUUUUCUUAUUCCUUUUGCUGUUGCAUAUUCUGAAUAUGAAGUAAAAGGACAAAAUGAAUUCUCAAAUUUUCAUGGACUUCGUGAUUAUUAUUCUCUUGUGAAAAUUCUUUCAGAUAAAGAAAUGACUCCUAAAAAUAUUCAUUUAUCAUUAGCAAGAAAUUUUGGUGGUAUCAAAAAACAUACUGAAACAUGUUUUUGGACAUACGAUCAAAUACCCAUCAGCAUUCUAAUUAAUGACAAUCUUACAAGCGAAGGUUCUCGGCAUUUAAUGGUCAUAGGAAAAAGUGAUUCUAUUGUAAAUAUUUUAACAUAUCAAUUACGCGAAAUGAAUUUUAAUCCAGUUGUAAUAUUGGGAUCACAAUUUCCGGAAGAUCGUGAUGAUUAUUCUUAUAAUAUAUUGAGUAGGAUAAUGAUGUGUGUUGAAGCCGGGCAACCUCUGAUAUUAACUGAUUUAGAGAUUAUCUAUGGGAGUCUUUACGAUUUGUGGAAUCAAAAUUAUAUCACAAUGGGAAGCUCCGAUGACCCUAAAUAUUUUACAAGAGUUGCUUUAGGAGCUUAUGCAAAUCCUAUGUUAUACGUUCAUCCUGAUUUCAGAUGUAUCCUGGUUCUCGAUGAAAAGAAAUUAAAGGAUGCUGAUCCACCACUUUUAAAUAGAUUUGAGAAACAACAAAUGUCAACAGUAACAGGAACAAAUAGAGAUAGAUUUACUCAAAAAGAUUUUUUUAUUGGCUUUUGUGAAGAAGAAACAUUGCAAAAAAUUUGUAAGGAAUCUUUAAUCUCAAUUGCUACAUCAGAUGGCAUGGUUCGAAUUGAUAAAUCUCCUUUAGAGUUUGAAGAAAUUCAACAUUAUAAAUAUAUUUAUUUCCAAGUUCAACAUCAUAAUGAUAUAGCAGAUUACUUCCAAGAUUUAUUACAUGAACAAAAUGCUAAUACUAAUCCGGAUGGACAUUUAAUCAUAGUUAACUCGUUUUCAAACAUCAACACAAAUAUCAUAUUUUGUUUAAAGAAUGUAAUUUCAAAAUGUUUUGUUUUGAAACUUUCAACUUUCAAAACCGAGAAUCAAUUUCAAAAACAAAUGAAAAAAUUUUGGCUUGGGUCAGAUUACGAAUUAUUAAUAUUACAAUGUGAUACCACUACUGUAAAUUCAGAAUGUAUCAAAUUAGCCAAGUUUAUUAUCGAACAAUCCCGGGACGAAUAUUUACGGAAAGUACAAGAAAAUAAUGCUAUUAAAAAUAAACAUGCUUGCAUUAUUCUUCAUCUCCGUCGAGAAACAAGUGCAAACUUAAUGUCGUUUAACUUUAUGUGCGGAUGGAAACAAAUUACAAUCGAAACAUUAGCGAAACAAGAAAAACCUUUAUCUGUUUUAUUGGAAGGCAAUUUAUGUGAUUUAAUUGAAACUACUUAUCCAUUCGAAGAUAUAUUGAAACAAGAAACGUUAUGGUGUUUACUAUGCAUGAAGUAUCCAAACAAUGUUAAAUCAGUUAAUCAUGUGAAAUACUUAAAUAGGAAGAUUCUUGAACAUCCAAACUUCGUAAAUUGUUUAAAGAUAAGAACGCAAGAAUGGUUGAAAAUAAAAGCCAAACAAGAUUGGCAAUAUCAUGUGGCAUCCAACAAAAAAUUGUUAUAUCCGUAUUCUUCGUUUUCUAUUGCUUUACAAGCACACAUCCGUACAUUGGUUCGUCAUCCUAUUGCGAAAAUUUUAUGUUCUCUAGAGCGUCUAGGAGCUACAAAAACAUUUCUUAUUCAUGACUUAUCAGAAGCUGAGAUAUCACAACAACGCAUACAAUUUCUCAAUUUCUGGAAAGAAAUGUUUAUGGAUAAUAAUAUCGUUGAUAUUGACAUAUUACCAGAACCUAAGCCAGAUGGAUAUACAAUAUCCGUUAGUGGAUUAAAUCUACAAUUUCCAUUUUCAUUUUACUUUAUGAAGCAAAUUGAUAACUUCAAAACUUUAUACGAGGAAGAAAUAUCAUCACUUAGGGAAGAUAUGGAAAAUAUAGAUCUUUCUACCGGAAAAUUAUUGGAGCACAUUUACGAAGAUUACAUUAAAAGUUUUACCAAUAAAGUAUUUAAUUCUAUAACACUAUUAAGGACUUCUCCAUUAGAACAAGCUUCAGAUUUAUAUUUUAAGGAUUUUGUUAGCAUAAUUUGCAAUAGUGAAACUAGUUUAAAAAAUAUUUCUGUAUUAUCCUAUAUUCUCAAAUGUAAACUUGGUAAAGAGGAAAUCUUAAAUCCUAUUUUAUUGCAUACAUUUUGGUGGGAGCAUGCUAAUUCUACCUUAGCAGCAUUUCAAUUAGUUCACAUGUGUCCUAACAUUGUUAAUCAAGUUUAUAUGGAUGACGCUGAUCUUACAAAUGAAAAUUUUGAUGACUACCUUGUGGACGAAGUUACGAAUAUGAUGUUCAGAAAAAUUAUUAAAAGUCAAGAAACAAUUGAAUUGCAACGCGAAAUUAAAAAAGUUUUGAAUCUCUGUGAAAAGGUUUCAGGUUUUACCAGGACAGAAUCUUUUCAAUUAUUACAAAUUUGCUAUGAUUUAUUAUCGACUGAGUUGAUUACUUUGGAUACUAUCAAAGAAAUUAUCAAGACCAGAGAGACCAGAGAAACCGAUGAUGAUGAAAUUUUUUCAGCACGGUUUAUUCACGAUGUCUUUGAAAUAUUCAGAAACAUUGAAACCGUUGAAGCCGAACAAGAAAACAAAAUAACAUUUGCAAAACAAUCUUUUGUCAUGAAAAGUUUAGAAAUUAUUCCAUUCGAAUCACCUUCUAGAUUGGAACUUUAUCGUAAUUUAUUCUUGGAAGAUCCCUUUCCUCUUAUGGGAAAAAUUAUUAAGAGUAUAUUUGAAGAAGAAAAUAAGAAUGAACCUUUCAACUUCUUUACAUGGCUAGUUAAUCCUGAAGAAAUGUUACGUUCUUUACGAUUUGAAAUUAUUAAUGGGUGGUUGGAAGGUAAAGGCUGUGACUCGUCGAUGGCGACAUUAUUUUGUGACAUUAUUCAGACAACAUAUUUUGCUCAAUAUGACUUGAUUAAAUUAUCGCCCUAUUUCCGUUAUGCAAUUGAGGCUUUAUAUGCUCGAAAUACUAGGGGGUUACAAAAAAUAACAGCGAUUGCAUUCAUGAAAGAAUUUGUUCAUAGAUUUUGGGAUGAAACAAUUCAAGUUACCAUAUUCCAAUCGAUUGAAUUUAAUUCUUUGAAUUUGAUGGAAACUGAUGAUUUUGACCCUAAUCAAAUGUUGAAUCAUCUUAAUUAUUUCAUGGAACAAUCUUAUCCUUUGAUCCAUUCAUUAAAGAUUUAUUUUAUACGAGAUUUACGUAAUAGAGAAUAUUCUAUGGAUGAUAUCAAAAAAUUUUGCCAGGGCCAAAUAAAUGCUUUGCCUUGGCUUGAUUAUUCUGAUUUGGAAAAUUGUUUUUCAAUACUUUAUUCUUACAUUAAUAUAGAUCAAUUUAACCAAAUCUUUAAAGCCUUAAAAAGGAAAGAAUCAAUUAAUGCUAGAAUUUCAUUUAUGGGAAUUAUUCUUAAUCGUCUUCAUGCUAUAAGAGCAACAAUUGAUUGGGCUCAUGUAGAAAAUCAAGUUGCAGGAUUUUUAAAUGAAAAUAUUGAGCAAAUUUCCUCUUUAUCUAUUAUUUAUAGGCAAAUUAUCAUAAAUAUAACCACAAAUCAAUGUCCAUUAUUAUACCUUUAUAUUGAUACUAGUAAUUCAGAUUUACUAAUUAAGUCAGUAGUUGGACAUGUUAUAGCAUUGCAUUCAUCUCUUCCAGCAGAUGCGUCACCAUUAGCUAAUUUACUGCAGAAUUUGAAUUAUUGUAAUGGGUUGUAUAUUCUCACUUGCCCGUCAGAUGUAGAAUCUAUCAUAUUAAGUGCUGUCUUCCAAAAGAAUGGUCAAUUUACUCGGUAUCAAUGUAAAUGUGGUUAUGUUUAUCUUAUUGGUGAUUGUGGGCAAGCUAAUGGGCGAGGUAAAUGCCCAGAAUGUGGCAAUAUGAUUGGUGGUGAGAAUCAUGUAUCCGAAGCUGGAAAUACAAGGUUAGAUAAUGCUCCAAUCAGGAAAACUUUGGUUGCAAAAGACGACAAGGGAUAUAUUGCUGAAGCUGAGAAUGAAGAUAUCAAUCAUAGUGUUCGCAAUUUACCUCCGGCUUCAUAUAGAAUUCUUCAUUUAUUUAUUCAUUCAAUAAUUGGAGCUUGGGCUCCUUCUGGUACUGCAAAUACCUUUUUACAAAAAAAUAAUAAUGUAGCAAGCGAUAGCCUGGCAUAUUGUACGAGACAUAUUAAAAAUGAUUGGAAAGUUCUUUUAAAAAUUUUGAAUUGCCGUGAAGAAAGUCUAGCUCUCUUACUACAUGCAAUUCUUGAUAGAAUGACCAUGAAUCCACCCAAAGAUUUAACAUUAAAGACACCUGGGGAGCGUGAAGAAUGGGAAGCAAAAUUUGCACAAAAUUAUGUUUCUCCAUUAAUUAAAAGUGUUACGAAUACAGCUAAUCAAUUUCGUGCCAAACUUGACAUUGCUUUGGCCAAAACUCAGGGAAAUUCAAACAUCAUUGAAGGAGAAGUUAAUCAAACAUUACCGAUGGAUCGAAAAUACAAACUUGAACAUUUACCAAGACUUUGGAGAUCUAUAGGAACAAUUAGUUUUCAAGGUUUUCGUGCUUAUUACAAUUCAGACAUAGAAAAACACGAAACAUAUUUUCCUUUUAUUUCAAUAUUCUUUAGGUAUUCCGAUAAAUUAGAAAAAAUUAAAUACCUUUGGCCGAUAGUGAAUUUUGUACAAAUAAUAUCAUCACGUCUUGGAUACCGCUUGAGUCGUGAGAGCGCGCAAGAAAAAACUUUCCAAAAAUUUAUAAAUGAAGAAUCUAAUUACAGAAAAUCUGAUGAAAUAUUCAAAUAUUUAAUUUCGAAUUUCAAUGAUUUUGCUAAAGCUUGGAAUGAAGUUAUAAAUGAUAUCGAUCAAUUUCAAUGUCACGAACUUCCGAAACCAAAACCUGAUAUAAAUUUGAUAUCCCUUAUUUCACUUGCUUUGGUCGAACCAAAAGAUUCGGGCGUGUAUCUCAGUGCUAUUUUAGAAUAUUUGAUUGGAUUACAAAACAAUUUCUUACAAGAAGUUUUAACAAUUUCUACAGGUUAUUCUAAAGCGUUUAAAUUCUUAGAAGAAUCCUAUUUUAUACAGGUAACAGGAACUGUUUUCUCUUCUUCAGAAAGUUCUUCUCGUUUUUAUAUUCAAUCUUUUUUAAUCAAUCAAACAAAACAAAAUAAUUUUAUAAAUUAUGAAUGGGAUGAAAACAUUCUACAAUAUAGUGAUCGUAAUCUUGAAACUGGACGAGGCCAAGAUGUAAUUUAUGAUUUACAAAAAAUUGAAAUGGAUCUCGCGCAUAGACUAGUUUUUGAAAAAGUUCAUAUAUAUACUUUGAAUGAUUCACAAGCAUAUAUGGAGCCAUUCCCAUAUCAUAUGGAAUUAUUUCAGGGACACAUGAGAAUUCUAGAGACUCAAAUCGCAGAAUACGUUAACCAAUGGAUGAAAUUAUCUAUAUUAUUAGAUAACAAAUCUUUUUACGAUUUAUUUAUGCAAAGAUUUUUAGAUCCAAAUAGGCACGAACACCCAUUAAAUGUUUAUAUAACAGAUGAAGGAUUAAAUUUGUGGCCUGCUCAUAUUUCAAUGGAAUUAAUAGACGACAAAUUUCCUGACUCCUUAUUAGUGUGUCAUAUUUAUGAGGCUUAUUUAUAUGUUAGUUCUAAAAUUGAGGAAAAUAAGAAAAAAAAUCAACAAAUGGGAGGAAAUAGGAAUAAAUUUAAAGCCUCACAAAAUUCGAAUGAUGUAUUUUCUGAAUCUGAUUAUAAAGGAAAUAGGAAUAAAUUUAAAGCCUCACAAGAUUCAAAUGAUGUAUUUUCUGAACCUGAUUAUAAUUCAGAAGAAGUCACGACCGUACCUAUGAGUAGCGUGUAUUUUAAUACGGCAUCAUCGAAUUCUUCUACGUUGCCAUCAACAAGACCAUUUGAUAAUAAUUUUGCAUCAGAUUCAAAUUCUUCUAC